AGUUUGGGGACCUUUGUCAAUAUUUAUGUCCAUAAUACACGAGCUUUUCGGACACAGUUGGUGGGAAUUCUAAUAUACUAAUCGUCGUGAAGACGCUAUUAUACGAUAUGUUUAACGUCGAAAGGAGCACAGCGGAGCUACUCACUCCCGUCGAUUGUCCGAUGGAACUAUAUUAUAUUAUUAUGUUGUAUGUAGUGCGAGGACUGACAUGAUGUGAUCCGGUUGCCAUACAUGAUAAUGAUACAUCAUGUUCAAACUUGCUCAAACGACCUAUUAUUGAUGACCUCUAGCGAAUUCGAGAUAACAAUUAAUGGUUAUUGUAUUGUAAUACUUGUUAUGCGUGUAAAAUAACGUCAAAUGUUGUGAUAAGCUAAGACAGCGCAUAAUAUAUUGGAUUACUACUAUAAACUCGGUGGUUAUAAGUUAGAACUAGUGCUGAGAUUUUGAUGCGAUGCCAUAUUUUUUUCUGGAAUUUUAAGAAGUAGAUCUGUAGGUAGAAAGUAUAAUUGGGUUGUAUUGAUUAUAUUUUAGUUUUCGACAAAUUUAACCUUAACGUAGUAAGAUAAUUUCAAAAAAAAAAAAAAAAAAUGAAAAUAUUUCCAUUCAGAUUAUCACCGAUGUUAAUUAAUACAUAUAUAUAUCUACGAUUAUAAGAGUAUAAUAAUUAUAUAAUAAUAUAUAAGAGCUUGUGUAUAUUUAUUUUUACUGCUCGGUAAACGGAUGAUCGAUAAAAAUUGAAGUUCCGUCAGUAGGCACGUCUAUUAUCAUAGCAUUCGUUUCUAUUAUUCAUUAUGUUUUUGUGUUAUUUGUAAUAUAAUUGUUAUUUUUUAAGCUAUAUUACAAAUAAAUAUCAACAUGAGAUGCAUUUAUAUUUUAUGGCUACUUUUUUUAAAAUUGGUGUGCUGCGAGUUAGAGGUUAGAAUUGCGGACGGAAUUCUUAAAGGGCAAGCUUUACAGUCAAGAGAUGGACGUAUUUAUUACUCUUAUACCGGUAUACCAUAUGCAAAACCACCAAUUGGAGAAUUAAGGUUUAAGGCACCAGAACCAGUCGAACCAUGGAAAGGAAUAUUGGAUGGAUAUUCUGAAUCGAACAAAAUAUGCGUGCAAAACAAUUUUACUGAUUGCCACGAAGAUUGUUUGUACUUAAACGUCUUCACUCCGAAAGUUAAUAAAACAUUUUUACCAGUAAUGUUUUGGAUUCACGGUGGUAGGUUUUCUCGUGGCCAUGGUGGGCCUAAUGCACAAGGACCUGAAUAUUUUAUGGAUAAAGACGUUGUACUAGUUUCUAUAAAUUAUAGGCUUGGUAUUUUAGGAUUUCUUAGUACUGAGGAUGAUGAAAUACCUGGCAACUAUGGAAUGAAAGAUCAAGUAAUGGCUUUACGUUGGGUACAGAAAAACAUCGUUCAUUUCAAUGGCGAUCCUAAUCAAGUGACAAUAUUUGGUGAAAGUUCAGGAGCCGCUUGUACAGGAUUCCAUAUGUUAUCGCCAAUGAGUAAAGGUCUUUUUCAUAAAGUUAUACUUCAAAGUGGAACUCCAGUUUGUAAGUGGGCUAUUUCGCCUAUUGGACUUUCUCGUAAACGCGCCCACGCGGUAGCCACUAUUGCUGGAUGUAAUUUCGAUACUUCCGAAGAUAUACUGAAAUGUUUAAGAAAACUUUCAUCCAAAUCUAUUAUUGAUCUUCAAAACAGAUUAUAUGUAUGGCUUUCACAUCCGUGUAUACACUUUAAUCCUGUCGUCGAAAAUUGUAACUCUGGUCAAGAAUCAUUUCUCUGUCAUCAUCCUAUAUACGAUUUUAAACAAGAGUCGUUUGUACCAGCUAUUAUUGGUCUAAAUUCUGCUGAAGGUGGUAUGUUUGUAUCAUCUUUAUACAACAGCACUUCUUUGAUAAACACCGAUUUUCAGACGUAUUUUAAUCGUUUACUGUCAAUUAUGCUAUUUUAUAAUCAAUAUACAAAACUGGAAGAAUUAGAUAAAAUUGGAGAUAGAGUGUUGAAAGAAUAUUUUCCAUCCGGAAGAUUAGACGACAAUACUCAUUUGAAUGCGGUUAACAUGAUAGGUGAUGGGUGUUUUACACAUUGCGUAGUAGAUAUGGCAAAAAGAUUGUCAUCGCCAGUCUACAUUUAUUAUUACGAUUAUCAAAAUGAGUUUUCAUAUAACAAACUAUUUGGCUCAUGUCAAAGAAGUCUAGGAGUCACUCAUGCCGAUGAACUAACCAGUCUGUUUAAAAAUAGUAGAUUAAGUUCAAAAGAUUUAAAUGUAGACGAUCUUAAAGUUUCUAGAUUAUUAGUUAAUGUUUGGUAUAGAUUUGUGACUUUUGAGACUCCUACCAUUGAUGGAACAGAUGCUGGACCUGCUUGGCCAAAAUUUACUUUCAAUGAACAUUUUGAAAUUUUACACAUUGAUUCAGCACAACCAAAAAUUAUACAAAAUCCAUUUUAUGAGAAAUAUAAAUUCUGGAAUCAAUUACCUUACAGCUUCAAUUUGAAUCAAACUAUACCUCCAAAAAAAUCACUGAACAGUAAAACUGAAUUGAUGAUUAUAAAAUGGGCUUUUAUCGCUAUCGUGAUGUACUUAGAUUUAGUGUACUGUAUAUCACAGAAGUUGGAAAUAACUAAAGGUGUAAUUAAAGGAAAAAUUUUGAAAUCUCGAAAUGGGCGAUCUUAUUAUUCUUAUACAGGCAUACCAUAUGCUAAACCGCCGAUCGGAGAACUUAGGUUUAAGGCAGCAGUACCGGUUGAACCAUGGAACGGUAUAUUGGAUGCUACGAAAGAAUCAAAUAUAUGUAUACAACUGGGAAGCACGGACAGUCAGGAAGACUGUUUGUAUUUAAAUGUGUAUGCUCCAAAAACAAAUGAAACAUCUUUACCAAUCAUGUUUUGGAUUCACGGAGGAGGAUUUAGUUGGGGUCACAGUAGGUCUAGUCAAUACGGACCAGAUUAUCUUAUGGACAAAGACGUGAUAUUGGUAACAAUACACUAUAGACUUGGUAUAUUUGGAUUCCUUAGCACUGAAGAUGAUGUGAUACCCGGCAACUACGGAGUAAAAGAUCAAGUCGCCGCAUUACGUUGGGUGCAGGAAAAUAUAGUACAUUUUAAUGGUGAUCCUAAUCGAGUGACAAUCUUUGGCGGAAGUUCAGGAGGCGCUAGUACAGGAUUCCAUAUGUUAUCACCAAUGAGUAAAGGUCUUUUUCAUAAAGUUAUACUUCAAAGUGGAACUCCAGUUUGUAAAUGGGCUAUUACGCCUAUUGGACUUUCUCGUAAACGCGCCCACGCGGUAGCCACUAUUGCCGGAUGUAAUUUCGAUACUUCCGAAGACAUACUGCAAUGUUUAAGAAAAGUACCAGCUCAACAUUUGAUAGAUAUUCACGGCAAAUUAUUUACUUGGAUUACUUAUCCUUUCAUUUUAUUUAAUCCUGUGGUUGAAAACUGUAAUUUUGGUCAAGAAGCAUUUCUGUGCCAUCAUCCGAUAUUUGACUUUCAUCAAGAAUCUUUCGUGCCCGCUAUUGUUGGUUCAAACUCAGCAGAAGGUGGUCUGUAUGUAGCAUCUCUCUACAAUAAUACGUCAUUAAUACAUCCAGAAUUUGAAACGGAUUUUAAUCGUUUAAUAUCUAUCAUGUUGCAUUAUAAUUAUUAUACAAAACCAGAGUAUAUCGAUGAAAUCGGAGAAAAAGUGUUUAAAAAAUAUUUCCCAUCGGGAAGUAUAGAUGAUCAUACGCAUAUUAACGCAAUUAAGAUGUUUACUGAGUCAGCUUUUACUGAAUGCAUUAUUGAUAUGGCAUAUAAAUUGUCAUCUCCUGUGUAUAGUUAUUUCUACCAUUAUCAAAAUGAAUUUUCUCAUAAUAAAGAAUUUGGUUCUUGUGAGAAACCCUUAGGAGUCACUCAUGGCGAUGAACUAAAUAGUAUUUUCAAACUGAAUAACUCAAAUCCAAAUGACUUAAACGAAAAAGAUCUCGAAGUUUCGAAAUUAAUUAUUAAUACUUGGUAUAAAUUUGUUACAUCUGAUAAUCCUACUAUUGAUGGAUCAGAAAAUGGAUUACCUUGGCCUAAAUUUACUCAAUCAAACCAAUUGAUGGUUCUAUUUAAUUCAAGUUAUCCUAGUCUUAUUCAAAACCCAAGUACAGAUGGCUAUGAAUUUUGGAAUAAACUCAUAUAAUUCUAUAAAUAAUACCUAUUUCUAAUAAUAACCAAGAGAAUAAAACAAAUUAACACUAUAAAAAUUAACUGAUCAUAUAUUUUUUCUCUUGCUCGUUUAUGGCGAAUCAUUAAUUUAGGUUUCUUAAUUUAUAAUACUGUGAAUUUGUAUUCGUAUUUUUGUUGAAAAUGUUUAAAUGUUUUGUAAAUUAAUGAAACAUAAAUUUGUUGUUGUUAUUAAAUAAAAUGUUGAUAUAUAGCCAUUAGAAAUUAA